CAUCUCUUGGAAAAUCCGGAGUGACACCAAAGCUGUGAUGUUCACCAAGAUUUUGAUGAUCAUGCUCAGAAUUUGUUAACUUUUGGAAGAUAAACUUUUUUUUAGUUUAAAGGAUUCAUUGCAUACAUAUUGUUGCUUCAGGAAGAGUAAUGGAAACAGAAGAGAGGGAGGGUAUCUCUCAAAAACCCACAGCUAAAAUAAAGAAAGAAACAGAGGAAGAUGCGAGCUCUGGUCACACCUGUGGGGUGUGCGGCCGCAGCUUCCCUCUCCUCAGCUCUCUGUCCCAGCAUAUGAGAAGACACACGCUAGAGAAGCCGUACAAGUGUCCGUACUGUGAGCACAGGACGGCGCAGAAGGGAAGCCUGAAGGCCCACAUUCGUAGCCACAAACUGGGCCUGUUCAGCCAGAACCUCAGUGACAAGGAGGGGGAAGUAGAACAAGAGCAGAAAAACAACAGUGAGACACCAGACCCUCCUGAGAUCGUCAGCACAACUGCUCAUAAGGUCAACGGGAAGUUGAAGAAGAAAGAUACCAAGAAAAAAGUAAAGGGUAAAAAUAGUUCUGGUGCUGAUGAUGAGUCCUGUUCCUGCACCAUUUGUGGCCAGGUUUUCCCUCAGGUACUGCUCCUUAAAUCGCACAUGAAGAGGCACCGCAGCUCACAAGAUCACGGCUGUCGAAUUUGCGGCCGUCGUUUUCGGCAAGCGUGGUUCCUUCAAAGUCAUAUGCGCAUUCACCGAGUCAAAGCCCAGCUAAAAGGCGGCAAAAGCAACGACCCCCCUGCCACUAUAAACGGAGUUCCUCAAGAACCGGCAUCGCUCAUAAAUGAAGAGUGCCUCUAUGAGCUCUGUGCCGGCUGUGGUAACUUCUUCCCUGACAGAAAGACAUUGCGAAUUCACGAAAAGCUACACAAGCUGAGCCACAGCCGCGCUCAGGCACAAAAUCCAGCACAGGAAGAUUCUGACGCCCAUGAGCCACAUGAUGCUAAGACGCAUUUUUUGAAAAGCCUGAACCUCACUUGUGUUGGACAAAGAGAAAAUCAGGAGGAAAAGAGUCUAGGUAGGCGACUUCCAGAGCUGGAUCCAAUUUGUAGCUACCAGUCGUGGCAGCUGGCCACAAAGGGAAGACUUGUGGAGGUCACCGAGAAAUGUCUCGGAUGGGAGGAGAGGCUCGCCGAUGCUGAGGUGGCAUAUGACACAGAAAAGGGUGAAUAUGUACCCCUGAAGCAAGAGAAGAAGAGGAAGCAAAUCGACACCCCUAACUCCAAAAUGAAGAAGAUGAAGGGUGAUACAGGCCUUGAUCAGACACACAGCUCGGCUCACACUAAAGGAGGUGACAAGAGAGUUUGCCAGAAGGACCGUAUACUGUUGAACGGACUGGGUCAUGCCUUUUAUGAGGCGCUGCAGGCCAAGAAAGAUGCACACUUCACAGCUAAACAGACCAACAGCAUCAGAAGCCAAGACCAGGAGGAUAAGAAACCAUUCUUCUGUGAGUACUGUGAUUUCCACACUGUUGAUGCCUCACUACUCAGGUCUCACCUGCUCCUGCAGCACCAGGACCUCCUGGUUCCCUACAGCAAACACAGCACCAAGUUGGACAACAUUAGCCAAAGUAGCUCCAAAGCCUCGAGAUACAUGGACUACCUCAGAAAUAGGAGCGCGUUGCUCAGUCAGCCAUACUGGAAUCCUUACACAUGUCCGCCUGUCCAGGACAUUAAAACAGAAAAGUCAAAUGGCACUGAGGUCAAAGGUCAGGGACAAACUACAACUGAUGCUGGAAAUCUUCUUAAUCUGUCGUCAUUACCAAUUAAUGGAGAUGGAACUGUUAAUCACAAGUUAAAAACAGAGGGCUUGCUGAGACAUCAGUGCCCGUACUGUUCCCACACUAGCACCUAUCUAGAGGUGCUUUGGAUCCAUCAGCGGGUUGCACACAAGGUCGAUGGCAGCAGCUCCGUGGCACCCAAGUGGGCACCCUGCACUAACAGCCCAAAGAGUUUAAAGGCCGGGGCGACCCCCUGGAGACGCACAGGGCCUCCGCCAUUCCUCGAAGGCAAGGACUGCCCGACUUUACCAGCUCCAAAAACACAGCGCACACAACCUCCAGGUGUCACAACUACAACCAACAGCAAAAACUCAACCCCCAAGACCCAAUCAGGUGCCCCUAAGUCAAAGUCAAAGGAUUCUCGCUCUUCAGAUGGCUCACUGUCGAGUGGGAGGAUGGGACUCCUACCCCAAAAGAAGUCUGGUGAACAUAACCGGGUAGUUGAAGGGGGAAGUAAAAGCUCCCAAGCUAAGUCAUCCAGCAGUACUGUGCACAGCAAGAGUUCCCAUAGUUCCCAGCCUACAAGCAGCCCCAAACACAGAGGCCACAGAGCCGCAGUGGAAGCAAACUUUCCACAAGAGGGUUUAGGUUUUAUGUUGGCCAGAAGCCAUGGUGGGACUUCCUCUAAUGCUGCCCCAGAUAGACCACAUCCUCGCAGGCAGUCGUGUGACUCGUCUUCAGGUGCUAAGGGUCCAGAUCUGUGGGCUGCCAUGAACAUAUGGGGUCACAAAGCAUAUUUAGAACCUCUCCGUUUCGCUCAGGGAAAGAAUGAAGCAGCAGGAGAAAUGCCAAUGGACAUUGAUAUUUUGAGUCUCCUGAAGAACUACAGUCCCCAUGAUCUGGCUGCUGUUUACCAGCACUGGGGGUUUGUUGACCCCAGAAUCGAUCCACAAGCAAUGUUGCAGUUAAAUGGAAAUUAUGGGAAAGAAGUCCAUUCAUCUUCUGAAGUGUCCAAACAGGUGAACAGCCGCUCCUCUUCCUCCUCAGGGUCUCUUCAUAAAGGAACGUGAAGAUUCACGUUGUGUUCCUGUUGGCUUCCAGCCUGCACGGUGUCUGUUCUUUAAAGGAAUCAGCCAUAACUCCUGAAAGAACACAGGCUUCCUGGAUAAUGCACAACAUAUGCAAAACAAUGAGGUGGACCCUUAUUUUGUUAUAUGGUUGUUUAGUUUGAGGUGUCAUGCAUGCUUUUUGUUCGUUAAGACUGUAGAUAUGUUGGACGCAUAAACACAUAUGAAGAUAUGUUUCUUUUAAAUGAGGUUGUUUGAGUUUAUUGUACAAAUAAACACUGGGGGUGGGGAGGGCAGCUUGGGUGGAAAUGAAAUGUGAAGCUACAUUCACGUGGAGAAGAGCACAAUAUUAUGGAUUAAGACACACAGAUACCGAUGACUAUGAGGGGAUGCUGGUGAGAUCAAAACAUUUAGGAAAAGACCAAAUGUCAGGAUGCCACCAGAAAAAAAACUUCAGAUGAUUACAAAUAUAAGCUUUUCUUCAAGAGCCAAUAAAUGUUCUGUUUCAGGAUGAGUACUGUAGUCAUUGUCUCAACAUAUGUAACAGUGCACUUGAGUAUUAUAUUUCUAUUUAUACAAUAAGACUGAUUUCAGAGUUAUAAGUUGUCAUUCGUUCAUUUAAGAUUGAAGAGCUCAGUCAGAGUUUUUUGAUACGAUUUCCCUUUCACUGUUUUCAAACCAAGUCCUGUUUCCUCUGUAAGGGUGCAUGGGCUGGAUUAAUGAGAGAUACAUCUGAGCAGAGUCCAUUGAUCCAUGAUUCUCACACUGGAAGUUGUGAUCUAGAAGUUCUUAAGCAGACAGUCUAAAUGAAAAACAACUAAAAUAUUUCCUCUAAACAUGACUACAGCUACACUGGACCAGAUAUUUUCUAAAUGAUGAACUUUUAAUGGAUACUCUGCAAACCCUGCCCGUGUUAUUAUUAACAUCAAACCAGGUAUCUUUCAAAAACAACAGCUCGAGUGACUGAACCUUUAAAAAGAUAUCGACCUUCAUGUACCACCUUUAUCUACUUCUUUUGAUUCAACUAAGUUGUAAUGCCAACACUCCUCUUCUAAAUUCAAAUGAUUCUAUACCAAAAGAUUUGAACUGUGAACCCAUAAAAUACACAAUGAUCGUCUUCACAGCACCACAGCCUGUAGGGGGUGGGGCUUCUGUGAUAGAUGGCCAAUCACGCAUAGUCACAUUCAGUUGGAACAUUCUUGAGGUGACUUUCUGCAGGAAGAGCCAUAAAAACUGUCUUUUUUUAUUCUUGAAAACAUACCCACACACAUUCAUACUAGAGUGCAUCUUAAGGGUAUUAAGCAUUUUCUAUCUUCCUCUACAAUCUGAAGUGAAUCUGAUUCAGUCAAGUUAACAGCUCAAGUCAAGUCUGAAACUUAAAAUGAAAAAAUUCAGUGAAAACCAACAACAUUAGAUAGCAAUAAAUCAUUCUCUUUUUUUAAUACCAGCGUGACAUGAGACUUUGAUGUCAAACCAAAGGGGUGGAGCCAUGGUUUAUAUCCCUGUUUACCCGUGGAACAUAUAUUCACAUUUUGCCAAAACUGAAGUCCAGAGUCCAGAGAAAUCGACCCAGACUAGUGGUCAUCACGUAGCCAGUCAGACGAACAAGUUUACUGUGAAACACGUUUCCUGUUGAUUCCUGACAUUGAGUAGCUGACAUUUCUCCUUCUUUUCUCCUAUUAGAUAGGUAGUGUGAACAUGUGCACUUCUCUCUCGUUGUAUUAGAGAUGUAGCGAUUUAAUGCUGUGAUUUCUAGAUGUAGAAACUGUAGUGAGAACAAUUUCUACUGAUGUGGCCCUGUGUUACAUCUGCCAGUCAAGCUACUGAAAUGUAGUUUUUGAUUUUGAUUUUGGAAAUCCACCUCAUUUUCAAUUUAUUUUUCAUGUGUUUCCUGUUUGCAGAUUUGUUUUAGUAUGUUGAUAUUUUAGUUUGGAUUCAGUGUGUUUGUCUCCCAUAGAGAAGUCGUCUAUGCAUUUGAUAAAAAAGCCAUCAACUUGUGGAUUCUUGGGAGAUCUUGAGAAUACAUCUUUUAUUAUUGGAUGAUUGAUCUGUGUGGAAAAUGGUUUUGUUUUUAUAAAUACUGUAAAUGAUUGUUUAUUAAAUGGUCUUUUUGUUUGUUCAGAGUGGAAUUUGAACACUCCCAAGUACUUGAUAUUUGUAGUAACAACAGAAAAUGUGACAAAAAUAAGGGUUUUUGGUUCCUAAUACAGGGUGAGCAGGGAGUGAGGCUCCUGCAGGAGGUGUGAUUGACAGCUGUCCACAGGUCAGCCGAGGAGGAACAACAGGAAACAGUGAGGCAGGGGUUUUUAUGCAAAUGGAAACUUUUAUGCAAACCUAAAGCUUCAAGUUGAGCUCUCACUGAGUUCAUUUUUGUGACCAUGUAAACAUGUUUCAUAGGUUAUGUUGAUAUGUUGUAACAGAAUUUCUAUUUUCUCCAGUUACAC